AUGGACAACAACAAGGCAUGGAGCGAAGCAGGCAAAUUGCCCUGCAGCACCUACUCGACUUUGGAAAGCCUGCGUCUGGCAGCGAGGCUCAGACGUGAAGAAGCCAAGAUGAACGAACGACGCGUAAAGGCCCACGACGUGAUCGUCUGGCAAUCGGCCGAGCAGGUUGCAAGGCGAUUGACGUUCGCCGAAACAAUGGAGGACGAAGCAAGACGUUGCGAUCAGGUCGUGCCUCCUCUGGCAACCGGGACCGGGACACGCAUCAGCGACAUCGAGAGCUUCAAUGUAACCACCGAGAUGCCGGUGAUUUCGGCCUGGCGCGUGGCGCUGCUGGCGCGCAAGGCCAACAAGGACCACGAGGGGAAGCCCUUCAACAGAGACAUGACAAACAGUGAUGAGGUGGCGGCAGGGCUGAAGGCCAGCAACGCCACCACAGAGGAGGGGCCCAUCUCCCUCCUGGAGACCUCGACGGUCACCUUGCAGCAGAGCUUACAGCAAGCGGGAGCUGAGGUCACUGUCCUGGAGAUGGAGAGCUUGUCGAUCGCGGAUCAGAUUCGAGCCAUUGCGAACACGGAUCUGCUCAUCAGCGCACAUUCCGCUGCCCUCUCCUGGAUGAUGGCCCUGCCUCCUUGCGCGCAGGUCCUCGAGAUUUGUGCAGCUGGGAACUACCAGUUCAUUAACUACGCGAAGCUCGCCGGAGUGGAGCACCACUGUGCUGGCCCCCACAUCGCCUGGGGAACAAAAGGCUUCACGGCCCCGGUGGAUGACAUGGUGAAGCAGGCCCGAGAUGCCAAAGCCAGGCGUGACAAGUGCUUGAAAGAGAUGUGA